AUGAAAGCAUAUGGUGAACGAGAACUGAGCUUGAGCUUGACAGGACAAAGCGCCAGUAAGUGCUGCUGGUGGAUUGAGCAGACUAACCACCACUACACACUGAAGAAGCGCUUCUUCUGCGCAGCCUCACUGUACGAUCAUCAUGCAUCGUCCUCUUUAGAGUCAGAAGGAUCAGCAAACAUCACAGUCAGUGGAAACUCCCCUCGAACCUCAUCUCUCGGUCUGUCCAUGACAAUAACAACCAAGGAUGGUUUACCCCUCAUCCUUACUGAGUCCCUCUGUCACUGCUACAGGACACCUCACCACUGCUUCACUGUCCUCAACCACUCACUUGACACAAUUUUGAGGCAAAGUAACAAGUCGUUGACAUUACUGCAGUUGCACUUCUGCAUUUCACACAGAAACAUGUCCAACGACACCAUGCAGGAGAAGAAUUUGCUGUACGCUGGAUUCUAUGGAUGCAUCAUGGUACUGGGUUUUCCUCUCAAUGCUGUGUCCUUGUGGAUUCUGUGUCGCCGUCACAGCCUCAAAUCCCCCAGUUCCGUCUUCAUGGUCAGUCUGGCGCUCUCUGACCUUCUGCUGACCGUCUCUCUGCCCCUGAGGGUCUACUACCAUGCCACGGGAACCUGGCCUCUAGGCAACGCAGCUUGUGCCUCAUCCAAAAUGCUCUUUCGCUACAACCUCCGCUGCAGCUGCAUCUUCAUCACCCUCAUCAGUGUGGAUCGUCUGCUGGCCGUGGUUUUCCCUCUCAAGACCCGACACCUGAGAACUGUGGCCAACGCUUGGAAAACAGCAGCACUCAUCUGGGUCCUCCUGAUCUGCAUGUGCAUCCCGGAGAGUGUGGACCUUUUUGGACCCCUAAAGUGCUCCAAUGAGACGAACCCGUCUGAAAAUCAUCAUCAUGGAAAAAAAACAGGUUACAUGGUGUUUCUCCUUUUUCUGCUGUUGGUCAACAUUGUGUCCACGGUUUUGGUGAUUCAGGCUUUGUGCAAGUCAGACAACUCCAAAAUCAUCAAGAACAGAGUAAAUGUAAUGAUUCUCUUCCUAAUGAACUUCAUCAUGUUCGCUGUGUUUUUUUUGCCGCUGGCCAUUGCACAGUUGCACAGUUUAACUGACAACCGUUCAAUAGAGUGGUCGGUUAAACCUUUGACAUGUCUUGCGUCUGCCAACUGCUGUGUGGAUCCACUGUUGUACUACUUUUCUUUUGACGGGUUCUGGAAGAAAGACCGGCCUGGAAGAGAAAUUUCAACAACAAACGCACUUCCUGUAUGAUCUUGCUAUGAUAAAGGCACAUAUAUUUUAUGUUCCAUAAUGUUCCUAAAUAAGGUUCAAUUGAAUUUGAGAAACAGAAUUGACAUGAGUCACCUCUGCAAGACAGGAAGUGGAGAUUGUUUCGUCACUCGUCCACUUGUUCUUCCUCAUUUCAUCAAAUAAAAU